AUGGCUUACGCAGAGGAAAGGGAACUCGGGAGUUCAUCCAUGCAAAGGCCUCCAUACUUUAACGGCAAGUAUUACUCUUAUUGGAAGGAUAAGAUGAAAAUCUUUGUCCAAUCAGAGAAUUAUCAGGUAUGGCGAAUUAUUCAAGUAGGAGAUUACGAAAUUACCAAAAAAAACGCAAACAAUGAGGUAAUACCUAAGCCUAUGGAUGAAUAUGAGAAAACUGAUUUCGAAAAACUAGAAUUGAAUGCUACUGCCAAAAAGUUUUUAAUUUGGGGACUUGGAUCCAAUGAACAUACUCGUGUCAAAGGGUGCAAGUCCGCAAAGGAAAUUUGGGAUCUUCUGGAAGUUACACAUGAAGGAACGUCAGAUGUUAAACGUUCCAAAAUUGAUAUUCUUUUAUCUCAGUAUGAGCGCUUUGAAAUGGGAAACAAAGAAUCUAUUAAAGACAUGUUCACUCGAUUUAAGAAUAUUACUAAUGAACUAACGUGUCUUGGUAAGAUAAUUCCUAAAGAUGAGCAGGUCAGAAAGGUCUUAAGAAGUCUUCCAGAGAAUGACAGAUGGAGAGCAAAGGUUGCAGCUGUGCAGGAAUCAAAAGACUUCACCAAGUUCAAUCUAGAACAACUUGCGGGUCCCCUCAUUACCCACGAGAUCCAGUUGAACAACCGGACUCAGGAGACUGUCAAAAGUCAAGGGCUAGCACUGAAUGCCAAUGAAGAAUCCAAAGCGAAGUCUGACAUUGAUGAAGAAGAAGCUGCAAUGUUGGUGAGAAGGCUGAAAAAGUUCUACCGUAACAACAAGUUUUCAGACAAGAAGAAAGGAUACAGUAAAAGAAAUCAAGAUUCCAAAGUCAAGUCCUCUUGUCACAAGUGUGGAAGCACCAACCACUUCAUCAAGGAGUGUCCCUUAUGGGAAUUUGAGAAAGGCAAAGGAAAAGAAGCUGAUCAAAGCAGAAACUCUAAGCCUAACUUUUCUAAAUCUAAUUUUAGGAAAGCUAUGAUUUCCACGUGGGGAGACUCGAGUUCCGAAGAAGAGAAACCGGAACACACUGAUGAUGAAGUAGCCAAUCUUUGUCUAAUAGCGAAACAUAAUGAUGAGGUAAAAAUUCAACCUAGUUAUUUGAAAUCUCUCUCAAAAGAAAAAUUAAUCUCUCUGUUUUUAGAGACCUUAGAUGAAUAUAAAGAAUUAUGUGAAAAACUAAGGCAAGCCGAAAAGGCCACUGGAAUUUGUAGAGAUCAUGUCAAGUACUUGAAUAACUCAAGAAAUGAUGUGCAAGGUAGAUUCUUUGAAUUAUUGGAUAAAAAUAUCAUGUUAAAAGAAUCCCUUGAAAGAGUCAAGAGUGAUAACAUAAUGUUGAAUGUUGAAUUGACUCAAUAUAAAAUGCUGUGUACUAACAUUGAUUCUUGCAAGUCUACCGAAGUUCCUUUAAUUAUGUUCAAUACUGAGUUAGAACAUGUUAAGAAAGAGUUAAAGACUACUAAUGAUAAAAAUGAGAAACUUGAAAAGGACUUAGAAAUUGCAAGAAGAAGUAGAAGUACUGUAAGCAUGGGUGUUCCUAAAUGGGUACAAGAAGCUCAAACAAAAAGAUCAGAAGGUCUAGGCUAUGUCCACAAGAAGAAGUCCAAUGGAAAGAAAAAGAAGUACGUGGACUUGCCUAGUGAGACUGUUUGUUCAUUUUGUGGUAAAAAAGGAACAUCGUAG